CGGCGCAUGGAUUAUGGAAAAUAUCUGUUAUUUUCGCCCAAAGUGGGUGGGAUCUCCAGUAACAAAUAAUGAAAAAACGACACCGAAAGUGAACGAAAGGAGAGGGAAAAACUCCAAGAAGAAAGGGGAAGUCGACCCAGUAGAGGUAUACUGCCGGGUCCGCCCCUUGGAUAAUCCUAAUGACUCAUGCUGUGUAAAGCCACUCAGCACCACAGUGGUUCAGUUGAUACCACCUGAGAAUUCUUUAGCAGUGGCCAGAAAUGGACAGAUCAAAGAGUACCAGUUCACGUUCCAGUACAUAUUUGAUGAGUACACAUCACAGAAGGCCGUGUUUGACUAUGUGGCCUGCCCCCUGGUGGACGACCUUAUUAAGGGCAAAAAUGGGCUGCUGUUCACCUAUGGAAUCACCUCCUCUGGUAAGACCUACACGAUGACAGGCACCCCCAAGGAUCAGGGGAUCCUCCCACGAUGUCUAGACGUCCUGUUUAACAGCAUCAGUGGGGUCCAGGCCAAGAAAUAUGUCUUUAAAUCCGACAAGAUGAACGGUUUUGAGGUGCAGUCUGAAGCUGAUGCCAUGAUAGAACGACAAAAGAGGGACAUAAUGCCAGGCAUAACUACCCCUAAAACACCCACCGCAAACAGAAGAGGUAACUUUGGUGACCAGGAGAGGAUUAGUGAUCCAACCAUUCUGACCAGCGUGGACGAUGACAACCAGUACGCCGUGUUUGUCUCCUACAUAGAAAUCUACAACAAUUACGUGUACGACCUGUUAGAGGAGCUGCCUUACGACCCCAUCACAGGUUAUAAACCUCCCCAGACUAAGAUCUUGAGGACAGACUCCAGUGAUUGUAUGUACGUGAUGAACUGUGUAGAAGUGGAGAUCACCAGUCCAGAGGAGGCAUUUGAGGUUCUCUUUAAAGGUCAGAAGAGACGUAAGGUGGCCCACACAGCUCUGAAUGCCGAGUCCAGUCGUAGUCACAGUAUCUUUAACAUCCGAUUGGUCCAGGCCCCCCUAGACCCCCGGGGGGAGGAAGUCUUACAGGACCCCGACAAGAUCUGUGUGAGUCAGCUGUCAUUAGUGGACCUGGCGGGGAGUGAGAGGACCCACAGAACAAAGAAUGCCGGGGACAGGCUCAAAGAAGCAGGAAAUAUAAACCAGUCUCUGAUGGCCCUUAGGAACUGUAUAGAGAUUCUACGUGAGAACCAGAAAAACAACUCCAACAAGAUGGUUCCCUACAGAGACUCCAAGCUGACCCACCUGUUUAAGAAUUACUUUGAUGGAGAGGGAAAAGUCCGAAUGGUUGUCUGUGUCAAUCCUAAAGGAGAGGAGUUUGAUGAAACAAUAGUAAGAUUUUUAAUU